CCACGCCCACACCUGCAGUCCAUCUCGCGCCUCCUGCAGCGCUGCAUCCCGCAUCCCGCCUCAGGCAGCCCCGCACUCAGCCUCGCCCUCGCCCCUGCCAAGCUGCAUCUGUGGCAGGCGGAGCUUUGCCCGCACCCGCGUCAUGUUCCGCGCCGGCCUCUCUCCCUCCCGCUCCACUGGCUCCUCGUCGUCCUCGGCCCUCUCACACCUCCGCCAGGCGGCCGCAAGUCCCUCCCGCUCCACUGGCUCCUCGUCGUCCUCGGCUCUCUCACACCUCCGCCAGGCGGCCGCAAGUCCCUCCACGCCGCCUCACUCGCCCAAGUCGACGCCCGCAAGCACAAGCCUCUCCACGCCGCCGCACACGCCGCGCCGCAUCCGCACCGCGUCGCAGAGUGCCAGCUCGUCCCUCGCACACGCGGCCUCGCCCGCCAGCUCGCCCAUCACGGCCAAGAAACGCAGUCCGGCAAAGGCCGGCGCUGCGCUGUCGGCCGCGGCCCGCGCCGCUGCCGGCAGCAGCAGUGGCAGCGGCAGCGCCGGCGGCAGCAGCAGCAGCGGCAGUGCGGCACGCAGCUCGGAUCCCUUCGACGACAGCAGCCUGGCGCCCGGCAGCGACUCGCUCGAUGAGCUCUCCGUGCCUCGCAUGGCCAUCGUAGAUGAGCUCGACGAUGCAGCGCCGGCGAAGCAGAAUGUCGUCGUGUGCGUGCGCGUGCGGCCGCCGGCAAGCAAGAGCGAGGCGGAGCAGCUCUGGGCCUUGAACACUGCCGAGCACCGGCUCACGCCGACGGAGCAGCACCCGUCGCUUGCCAAGCGUGUUGGCUCCUCUGCGCCUCAGCCCGGUGGCAUCGGCGCUUCUGCGUCCUCGUGCGAUCUGGAAGGCUCAGCGGCGGCGUACGACUUCCGCUUCGACUCGCUCGUGGGCCCAGACGACUCCACAGACGGCAUGUAUGCGGCGCACAUCAGCCCGCUGGUGCGCGCAGCCGUGCAGGGCUACAACGGCACCGUCUUCGCCUACGGCCAGACGGGCAGCGGCAAGACGCACACCAUGAGCGGCAGUGCGACGGAGAAGGGCGUCAUCGACAGAGCCGUGGAGGAAGUGUGGACGGGUGUGCGGGAGGAUCCUUCGCGCGAGUUCCUGCUGCGCGUCUCGUACCUCGAGAUCUACAACGAGACGCUGCGCGACCUGUUGGCGCCACUGCCGGCAUCGCAGGACGCGACAGACGUCGGCGGCCGGCCGGCGUCGCCGACGAAGGGCGGCAACACACCUUCGGCUGCACAGGGUGUGCUACGGAUCAUGGAGACGCCAGGCCGAGUGCAGGUCGUGGGCCUGCGCGAAGACAUCGUGACAUCGCCUUCAGGCGUGCUCGCCCUGCUCGCCGCCGGCCAGGCCCAGCGAGCACAGGCCGCGACAGACUGGAACGAGCGCAGCAGUCGCUCCCACUGCGUCUUCACCAUCACCAUCGAGAGCCGCGCGCGAGACUCGGAGGGCAAGGAGGUGCGCAUCAGCCAGCUCAACCUCAUUGACCUGGCUGGUAGCGAGCGAGCCGCGAGUGAGGCGGAGCGGCGCAAGGAGGGAGCAUUCAUCAACAAGUCUCUCCUCACCCUCGGCACUGUCAUUGCCAAGCUCUCCGAGGCGCCAGCAGAAGGCGCAGCGGCGCAGCACAUCCCCUAUCGCGACUCGAAGCUCACACGUCUGCUGCAAAAUUCGCUUGGCGGCAACGCACGGGUCGCCGUCGUGUGCACGAUGAGCCCUGCUCGCGAGCACGCCGUCGAGAGCCUGAGCACGCUCAAGUUUGGACGCCGCUGCAAGAUGGUCACGACGCGCGCACGCAGAGGCACAGUCGUCGAUGACAAGGCGCUGCUGCAGCGCUACCGCCGCGAGCUCGACCGGCUCAGGGCGCGCCUGGAAGCUGCACCGACGCCAGUUGUCAUGUCGGACGACGUCGACGACGACGGCGAGCGGCGGCUGCGCGAGCUCGAGGACCGCCGGCAAGAGGCGCAGCGCGAGGUCGAUGCAGCCGAGCAGCAGCGCAGCGAUCUGCGGGCGCAGGUGGAGCACCUCACGCGCCUGAUUCUCACGAGUCAGAGCGUCGCAGAGGAGAGGGCAGAGCCCACUUCUAUGCUCAGUGUGCCGCGCCGUGCUGCGCGCCUGAGCGACAUCGGCCCCUCAAGCCCCGCUCGCCUCGGACUCCAGCCGGCGUCGCCGAUCAUCCCGGCCACGCGCCCAUUCGCACUCGAGGCGGAGCUUGCGUCGCUGCGCAGAGAGCUUGCAUCGGCGCUAUCCGCUCGUCAGGCUGCCGAGGCUGCCCGCCGCCAGGAGGCGGAGCAGUGGUCCGGACGUGCCGCGGAGCUAGAGGCCGCGAACAAGGCGCUGGAAGACGACCUCGAUGCCGCCGACACGUGGUGCAAGGACGCCAAGGAGCGCAUCGCAGCUGCUGAAGCGCGCGAGCACGAGGCUCGCGAAGCCAAUCGCCUACUGCAACUUGUCGCCAAGAGCAAGACUGGACGAGACGAAGCGCCGGAGAGCGCAGACGCCCGGCAAGUGCGAGAGACUUCCCAGCGCCUCGCUGUCGAGCAGGCACGUCGCGAGGUCGAGCAGGCAAAGGACGCCGAGCUUCGGCGCAUCCGUGAGGAGCACGAGGCUAUGGCAGCGCAGCUUGCCGCCCUCAACACCAGCCUUGCCGAGGAGCGCAAGAACGCCGAGCAAGCCCGCACUGAGCUCUCUGAGAUCCAGCGCGAGAGCCUGCAGGAGAACGCCGAGCGCGACUUCGAGCAGCUCGUGCGCGAGUCCGAGCAGGACGUGCCUUCUGCAGCCGCCAAGGACGACGCUCAGCAGGUCGAGUUGCAACGGCGCCAAGCCGAGCUCGACGAGCGGGAGCGGAAGCUCGACGAAGAGGCUCGGCGGCUCGAGGAGCUGCGGAACGCGCCCCGGCCAUUGCCAGUCCCCUCGCCUACCGGUCCAUCGCGCACCGAGCUGCUGCAGCGCCUCAAGACGCUCGAGGAGGCCAAUGCCGCGCUGACGCUCAAGAAUGCCGAGCCGCUGCCGCCGCGCGCCACUCUUCCCAUGUCGCCCAACUUUGUCGCCUCCAAGCCUGGUCCAUCACAUGAUGGCGCCACGCUCGUGGCUUUGCAGAUCGAGCUCGAUCUGCAGCGCUCUCGCAUCGCCAGUCUGGAGCGUCAGCUGGCGGAGGAGCGCGAGAAGGGCCGGCAGGUGGGCUCCGCCUUGUCCUCACCGCCAACACCGUCUGCAUCUCCGGUUCGGCGCCAGACUGCGGCGCUCCUCGCGACCGACAAGCUGGCUCGCGGCGGUUCGGUGCGCGAGUACCGCAAGUAUGCGCCGUCGGAGCCCGCUGGCUCGCUCCUCGGGCGCACGCGUAUGUCUGCGGCAGGCGACCUGAACACCGGUCUCGGGCGAGGCGGAGCCGCAGUCGACGAGGCUAUCCGUGCCGAGCGCGAGGAGAUCACUCGCCUCAAUGCGGUGAUCACGAGUCAGCGCGCCAUCAUGGCCGAGCUGGAGAAGAGCGUGGCGGCGUGGAAGGAGCGGCUGCGCAAGCAGCAGGAGAUCAUCUCGCGCCUCGUCGAGGGCAGCAGCGCCACGGCCGAUCUGUCCGCCUUGACGGCGGCAAUGGCGCCCUCGCCUGCGCCGUCUCGCCUGCAGGAGGUCACGCUGAACAGCAGCGGACGCAAGCGUCUGUCCAGCGGGACCGCCUCCUCCUCCGCAGUCUCAUCCUUCGGCACGGAGCCGCUGCGGCGCGCCGGCACGACUACCUCAGCCUUUGGCCGCGCCGGCGCAACGACGAGCUCCUCUUCGCCGUACUACGGCGCACACACCUUCAACCGUCCGCCGGCCGGGCUCGGCCUGACGCCGUCGUCGCCCACCAAGGCCGCCGGCGCCUACUGGAGCGGCCUGCCUGGCGGGCCCGGGCCCGAGCCGCUGCCCAUGCCGGAGCGUCUCGCGGCCGAGGGCCGCACGGCACGCCGACGCCCGCGCCGCACCAUCGAGUCUGAGAUCGCGGCGCUGUCGAGCAGUCCGAGAGUUGAGGCGACGAAGAGCCGCUUGCUCGAGCCGUCGAGUCCCGCCAAGCUCUCGCACGCCCUGCCUGUGCCGACUCGCGCGACGCGAGAGUACUACGUUUGAGAGCGACCCCUGCUUCCCUUCCCUGCGCCCGCGGCAGCUGUACUUGUGUCUAAUCUAUCACUGAUCCCAUCAUU